GACCGACGCUGAACGCGGCUUUAUGUCGUUGCGUUCACACGCUAGAUUACAAAUAUUAAUCUAUACACAGAUAUAGUCCAUUGAUCCAGACAUGGGUAACGAGGGGAGUGUGGAGAGCGGUGAAGGAGGGCGUAUGGUUCCAGGACCGCCGGACUCUGGACAGCUCCUGAAGCCCGUCAAUGGCGCAGCGGCCGGGGCGGGAAAAGCCCUCGAGCCCACCGCAGCCAUGAACAGGUUGGCUGGAGGGGGAGGGCCUCCAUCAAGCCCUAUGCAAGGAAGCGGAAACCCGUACACGAAGGUCGUCCAUGACGGUCCCAGACAGUUCCAGACUUCUUCGAUACAUCAGCCUCAAAUUCAAGCUUCAUCAGGGGGUGUGGUAGGCAAUCAAAGCCCCGGACAACAUGCCUCCAGACGCAACCUUCAGGUGGACUUCAGCAGUUGUGCCGGACGAACGGGCCGCUCGCCAACUGUGUCCCCUGACCGAGCUAGUGCGCCAACCUCACCCUACUCAGUACCUCAGAUAGCACCUAUGCCCAGCAGUAAACUGUGUCCAGUCUGCAACACCGCCGAGCUUGCGAGUGUCCACGGCUCUCCAAACUUCAACAAGUGUACUCAGUGUCAAAUGACUGUGUGCAAUCAGUGCGGCUUCAACCCCAACCCACACCUCACUGGAGUCAAGGAGUGGCUCUGUCUAAACUGCCAGAUGCAGAGAGCUUUAGGAAUUGACAUGACUACACCACGAUCCAAAAGUCAACAACAGAUACAUUCCCCCUCUCAUCAACCGAAGACUGAUCCCAUACCCAAGACCCAUCUGUCAGCUCAACCUGCACCACAGCUACAAUCCCAAACGCAGACACAGCCGAAAAUUCAGCCCCAGGCUCAGACUCAGGCCUCCUCUGGGAUCCAGAGACAGAUUGUUCCCACUGGACCACACCAGACUGGACUUCAUGGUCAACAGGCACAGAAAGAAGCGGUACAAGCAGGUCUUCAGUCAGGGCCCAAGGAUCUCCAGAGGCAGCGCGGGGUGGCAUUUGGACCAAAAAAUCCAGAAACUGGGGUCCAAUUGGGAAAACCUCCUCAUCCAGGAGCAGUGCCUUUACCUGGAUUAGUUAAGGCUCAGUCACAGUCGGACCUGGGGUGGGGAUCUCCUGUGCGCUACGGAGGUCAACCUGAAAGGACCCGAAGUGCCGGAAGCUCUCCGGCCCGCCAGCCACCGUCCCAAGAAGCUCCUCCUCAGGAUGGCCUAACUAAGCUCUUUGGUUUUGGGGCAUCUCUCCUAAACCAGGCAAGCACGCUGAUUUCUGUUGAUCCUCUCUCUGGACCCUCGCAACAGCCCUCACCUGUCCGCAACCAGAGUGCUCAGGGCUCCAGGGUGAUAUUUAGCGACGCUAAUACUGGAGCCAGAGCGGGGGCUCCUGGCACUACCAAAACAGGCCCAGGAGGUGUCGUGCUACCUAAAGGUUCUGAGGCCGUUCUACAGCAACAUUCACCAGUUCACCAUCAAAAAGUGCCAAAACAACAGCAGUCACAAACACACCCUGGAACGGCAGCAUUACAACAGCACCCGUCACCAAUGAAGCAGCCCCAGCCAGAUAGACGGAAGCCAGACAUCACCUGUCCACUGUGCAAAACUCCAUUUAAUGUCGGGACAACAGAACCGCCCAACUACAGGGCUUGCACCCAGUGUCAUACACAGGUGUGUAAUCUUUGUGGUUUUAACCCCACGCCUCAUCUGCUGGAGAAGAAAGAAUGGCUCUGCCUUAACUGUCAGACUCAGCGACUGAUGUCUGGUGGGCUUGACCCUCUUCCCAUUCCACAUUCAUCUCCCAACCGCCAACCAGUGGGCUCACCCAAACACCAGCAACUCUCCCGUCAGCAACAGCAAGGGCCUAAAGCAAUGACGCCACAGCAGAAGCCUCCAGUUUCUCAACAGAGUGGUCCAACAGCCCCCAUGGCUAAACCAGGAACUGAUAUAAAAACUCCACAGCUUACUCCAGCUACAGCAACUCAUACUUCCAUCACAACUACAUUUAUUGGUGAAGAUCAUAGGAAUGAAACUGCACCCAAACUGGAAAAAGAGUCUGACUUUCACACUAAACCAAGUGAGAGGAAAAAAAUGACAGAGCCAAUUCAGACUCUUGUCAAAGAUGACAAAAAAGAGUUACAGAGAUCCAAAUACUAUGAGGAAACUAGCAAGACAAACAGCACCAAUGAUCUGUCACGGAGCCCGCAGAGUUUGAGUGAUACGGGUUAUUCCUCUGAUGGAAUCUCCAGUUCACAAAGUGAGAUCACUGGUGUUAUCCAAGAGGAGGAGCUGAAGCUGAAUGAGAGAGGUGUCACUGGGCACCAUACUCCACCAAGCCCAUCUGAGUUCCUUAAACUGGAGAGCUCCAUGCGACCCCUUCUAGAGUCCAAAUUGUCAUCUGAAGGUGAAAGGACAAAGGAUAACAAGCGAGAAAAGGAUCAUAUCAGAAAGCAUCGCUCUCGCUCAAUAUCAAUUAGUCCAGAGGAUUACGACUCUGAUGAGGACCUUGAAGGCAUUAUGGAGGAGGAAGAAGAGCCAACUGACUGGGAAACCAAGCAAGAACUUAGAUCCAUUUCUGCUUUAGAGGGUAACAUUGGCCAAAAGAAAAGAGGCUUAGAAUCAGAAGAGAUGACUGAUGAGGAGUUCAUGAGGAGGCAAAUAAUGGAGAUGAGUGCAGAUGAAGAGAAUGAGGAUGAGCUUGAAGAAGAGGAAGACAACGACGAUGAAGGCUAUAGCUACAAAAAGCCAAAAAAGCCACAAAAGCAUAUCAGUGACUCAGGAAAAGAGAAGCACCGUCUCACGUAUCACUCUAAUAGCUUCGAAGAGGACAGCAAAACUACAAGUGAUGUAUACAAAGGAUCUGCUGAAGAGGACCACAUGGCCUCUCAAGGAGGCUUACGCAGAUUCAAAACCAUUGAACUCAACAACUCCAACAGCUAUAGUCGAGACAUUGAAUUAAACAAUGACAAUGACCUAAGUCUGGACAGAGAGCCUGAGCUAGAAAUGGAAAGCCUCACUGGCUCUCCAGAAGAACGUUCUAGAGGGGAAUAUUCCUCCACCCUUCCACCAACCACCUCUAGCUACAGCUCAGGGAUAUCCCCUACUUCAAUAUCCUCAAUGGAAGAUGACAGCGACAGUAGUCCAAGUCGCAGACAGCGGCUGGAGGAGGCAAAGCAGCAGAGGAAGGCCAGGCAUCGAUCCCAUGGACCACUCCUGCCCACCAUUGAGGAUUCUUCCGAAGAAGAUGAACUGAGGGAGGAAGAAGAACUCCUGAGAGAGCAGGAAAAGAUGAGAGAAGUCGAGCAGCAUAGAAUAAGAAGCACUGCACGCAAAACAAAGCGUGACAAAGAGGAGCUCAGAGCACAAAGGCGCAGAGAGCGUUCCAAAACACCGCCCAGCAAUCUCUCCCCCAUUGAGGACGCUUCUCCCACAGAGGAACUGAGACAGGCAGCUGAGAUGGAGGAACUUCACCGGUCAUCCUGCUCAGAAUACUCUCCUUCAGCUGAUUCAGAUGGGGAAGGCUAUGAAAUGCCAUCAAAGCUAUAUAAAUCUGGCAGCGAGUACAACCUUCCAACAUUUAUGUCACUUUACUCUCCUACUGAAAAACCACAGACCACUUCUUCAUCAGAUACUAUAACCACUACUUCUAGUGGCAAACAAUUAAAAAGCGCAGAAGAAGUAUACGAAGAAAUGAUGAGGAAAGCUGAGAUGCUGCAGAAACAGCAGAAGCAGCAACAACAGCAGCAGCAGUCGUGCUCAGGCCAGCAAUACAGCACAAGCUCAUAUCAAGAGUCUGACAUUAGAAACCGACAGGAAUAUGAGGACGAAUAUGAUUAUGCUGAUCAUGACGAUAUCGCUUAUGAGAAUGAGGAUGCAGUUGACAUCUAUGAAGAGAUACGCCAAACUUCACAAAACAUUUCCAAGCAGCUUGAUGACCAAAAAGAAAUGGAUGACUCCUACUCAGAAAAGCAAUUGUUGGAUACAGGCUCAGCCUUUGCAAAGUUGCUGGAACAAAGCAAUGCUUUAUUGACUCCUGGCACAAGCCCCACCCAGCUCUCAGCACCAGUGUCGUUUUCUGAAACAGGGACUGGCGGUCGCAUACCUGAUGUCAGAGUAACUCAACAUUUCUCUAAAGAUGUGACCAAAGACAGGCUUCGAAAUCAAGCCGGUAAAAAUGGCAUUACACCAAGAGUUGCUGCCACCACUAUUGCUGCCUAUGGAGUGUAUGCCAGGGAUGCAGUCACCGUCUCUCACACUAGUGCCAGUCAAACAGUGUCCACAACCCAACCUAAUUUAUACGGUCGGCAAACAGGAAACACUACCAUAACAACCAGUAGCGUUGCAAAUGUGUCUCACAAAAUAGCUGCAAUCACUCAGGCUUACAAUCAAAACGCUGUAAGAAAAGUUGCAAUCAGCAAAGGAGUACAAAUGAGGGACAGUUCAACAUCCUCAGAAUCAGGCACAGCCUCCAUUAGAGGUUAUAUGUAUCAUGAAAGGAGUCCGCCUCUUUCUCCCACUUCCUCUCCUACACAAAGUCCAUCACAAUCCCCCUCUAGGAGAACAUCAGAGUUUUCGACUCAAACUGUUAGUCCUUCAAUGUUAGCUUCCGCUGGAAAUGCUUAUCAUACCUCUCCAGUUAUGACACAAAGCACUCAGACUUCGCAAAGGAAUGCCUUACCGUGCCUCUUUCAGAAUUCCUCUCAAAAUAGCACUUUUGUCAUGAGAACAGAAGAGUUUGAGCCGACUUGCUCACAAAGGCCUUCUAGAGUUAACACAGCUACAUCUCCUUUGUCUUCACCAACCAGGUUUAGCCGCCAAUCAACAUUUGAUGACUACUCACCUCCUGACAGCCCUCCUUAUGUUGCACCACACCAACAAUCACCUCAUCAGAGUUUCUAUAGGAGCUAUAAGCCUGCUAAAGUUAAUGUUGGAACAAGCAUGGUGACCACUGCUAGCAUGUACACACAUGGUUCGCAUUCCAUGGACAACAUAUCGCUUUGUCACAUUUCCACAGUUCCAGGUACCUCAAGAAUCGAACACGGACAGAGAUUUCAUAGUGGGAGUGUUGUAGAUCUAAGAACUGCAAUGAAACCGACGCCAUUCAUCAUGACUGACCAUGGAAUGGAUUUGACUUCAUUGGCCACAGAAUCGCAAAAGUAUUCUGGCAUUAUUGAAGGAAGCCCAAUCCGUCAAUCCACAACAAUUCAACCCUUAAUAAUGAACCUAAACACACAGGAGCAGCAGCAUAUUGUGACCUCAACAGCAACAACCGUUAGUGUCACAGUGGCUGCUUCUAUGUUCAUGUCCCAGCCUAAGCAGCCUGUUCUGUACUGUGAUCCUCUCGAAAACCGAGUCGAUCUGGGGAAAGGUAUGGAACCCGUAGUUUGCCUUGCUCUAAAUAAAUCACCCCCGACUGAUCCAUCUAUACCAAAGAUCGAUGCAAGGCUGGAAGAGCUGAGUGUCCAGCAAGAGCAGUUACUCAAACAACAGCAGAAGCUUCAGCAGCAACAACAAAUUCUUGAAGAGCAGCUUCAGCAGCACCAUUCUCUUCAACAACAACAAGCUGUCUCUUUUGCAAAGGUGGACUCAUCCAGCCGACAACAUGUGCUCAAAAAGGACAUGGUUGUCACUCAGACAAGCACUUCCACACAGGUUAAUGUGAUCUCUCCAGCUAUCACCUCUGAUGUUUAUAGCCAUGUUUUUCAGCAAGAGACAGGUAGCAUGAAUUUAACGAAUGUCAAGCCUCACACCAUGAUGGUUCAGAUGGGUGGUACUGCACAAGGAUCUACUGUUACACAGCUCAUCAAAUCAGAGGACAACCAAGAUGUGAUGGAUCUGUCUGGACAGAUAAAAUCAGAAAAUCAAGCCACUUGUUGUGACAUGGUUUAUAACCUGCCUUUUGGGGGCAGCUGUGUGGGUGUUCCAUUCUCUCGAAAAACAGUCUUAGAUGAGACUACUGAGCAAACCUCAACAACACAACCACAACUCUAUCAGCAACCUGAUUUGUAUCAAGAUAGACAAACAUACCAAAACUGUGCGAUCAAAUCAUAUACCCUGCCAUUCCCCAGACGCCUUCAGCCAUCAAUGUCUGAAAUAAACCUCACAGAGGCAGGUUUGUUAUCAUAUUCAGCAAAUCUUGAUCCCCAUUAUCAGUCCUCUGGAGAAUUAUUUACAGACACAGCGAAGGAUGGAUAUGAAGUAGGAUACAGUGGGAUGGGGCUUCAGUAUGGCUCCUACACAGAUCUUCGUCAGGGCGAUGUUGCAGCUCUACCAAUUAGAAGGUAUAGCUCCCUGACUAACAUCAGCUCAGAUUCUGGAUAUUUCCCAGGGGACUGGGGAGAGCCUAAUCUUGCCCAGUACAGUGCUACAACUGCCAGGGAGAUAAGUCGCAUGUGCGCCGCCCUUAACUCUAUGGAUAGAUAUAGCAGCAACCCAGACAUUCUACAACUGGCUACUGGGAGAUACAGUGGUCCACCUUUUAAUGUUAAUUUGCUGCAAGCUCCCAGGCAUAACUUAAAGUACGGUUCAGAUGGAAAGCCACUUUCCCACAGUCAAACUCUAACUGACCUAAUCAAUGCAAGACAAGCCAGUCUUCGAGCUAUGUAUCCAUCGGCUAUAAGAUCCGUUGAUGGUAUGAUCUAUUCAACUAUAAACACACCCAUUGCAUCCACUGUCCCAAUUACCACACAGCCCGGUUCUGUGCUACAGCCUUUAAUAAGAGGGGUAUACAGACCUUACGCUGCACCAAAUAUGACCCCAGUACCUCUGGCGAGCCUAACUAGAUUGUCAUUAGCUCCAAGGACAGGGCAACAACCUUUCCAUUACCCUACACCUAAUCUAGUUUCUCUGACAACUGCAAAAGUGACCAUGGCUAUAACAACAGCCCAAGACACACCAUUGUUCCUUGGCAGGUCUUCAGUAAGCUUAUCAGUAGCUGAGAGAGCGACGCCAACACAGCCCCACUCUGUGCCUGCUCAUUCAACCACAUCAGCACCUAUUUUGAUGCAAAUGGUCGUUCCAGUGAGCCAAACUGACAUCCCAAUAAAUCUAUCUCUGUCUAAGACCACUGCCAAGUCUCAAAUACAAUACCAGCAACCCCAAGGGACACCAUCUGCUCAUUCCUAUCUCCCAGUACACGGUCAGUCCAAAACAGACCAACCAUCCCUGUCAAGUCAAAGAGGUCAAUCCAACACCACUGUUCCUGGAAGUUUUAUCCCACAUCAAGAAAAGGAAUCAGAGGAAAGACUGCAUCAACAGCAGGAACAGCUUUUGCAGCUAGAGAGAGAGAGGGUAGAGAUGGAAAAGAUGCGGCAGCUACGGCUUCAGGAUGAGCUUGAUUGGGAGCGUGCCGAGUUGCAGAGAGAUAGAGAAAAAGAGCAUGUAUUAGUUCAACGGGAAAUCCAAGAAUUACAGACUAUAAAGCAACAGGUUUUGAAUCAGCAGCAAGCUGAAAAGGAAGGUCAGCUAAUCUUGCAGAGAGAGCAGCUAGCUCAACAAAAAAAGCAGCUUGACCAAAUACAGUCUUUGCAACAACAGCUACAGCAGCAACUCGAGGAACAAAAGAGACAGAAGUCUUUAGCAAAUACCCCGCACAGUGGCAAAGCUGGCAAAAUGAAUCAGCCACAGGAAUUAGUCCCGGAUGUGCUUUAUAAUGACGUUAAGGUUUUCCUAAGAUCUGCAUCAGAAAUGUGCUUAAGGAAUAGUGAGGAGCAGACAGGAAAUCGGUCUAUGCGAAAACAAAGAUCCAUGCCUCGUCUACAGGAUGGACAUGAGGGAGAAGUGACAAUGUUUCCCUUGCCCCAACGACUUGUGAACAGUAGCGUGCAAACAGAUGAUGAAGAUGGAGAGGAGAGGUACCUGGUGUCAAGAAGGCGACGAAAUAGGCGUAGUGUGGACUGCAGUGUUCAGACAGAUGAUGACGAAGACAGGGCAGAGUGGGAGCAGCCAGUUAGGCGCAGACGCUCUCGUUAUUCUAGACAUGUGAGUGAAUCUGGUGUAGACCAUAAAUCUGAAAUGCCUUCAUUCUCUACUCCAGCUGCUAGGGCUACAUCAUCCAGCAUUGCCGUCCAGACUAUUCGAGACUGCUCUUGCCAAACAGAGACAGAUCACCUUACUCAAGUAUCCCCAAGCAUACAUGUCACUGUCCCAGACCCCAACAAGGUUGAAAUCGUCCACUACGUUUCUGGUCCUGAGAGGACACAGAAGGGUCAAAGCUUAGCUUGUCAAACUGACCCUGAGACCCAGCCCCAAAGCAUUGUUGCUCCACAGAUAAACGUGGCUACCACUGUCUGCCCCACCAGUGUCCAAUUAGUUGGUUCUGCAGAUCAACUCUCCCCCAGUCAUCAGAGUGUUAUGAUGUUAGCGAGACGGAGACCUGAUCCUUUGGAGUUUGGCUACCAACAGCACCUGCAUAAUGAGUCCUUGUCCAGCUUGAUCCGGCAACAACCCAAAUCACCACAGGUGCUGUAUUCCCCUGUUUCUCCACUUUCCUCUCCACAACACACAAUAGAAACAUCAUUCUCUUCUAGUGAGAGGCUGAAUAAAGCCCAUGUCACCCCGCAGAAGAAGUCGAGUAUCGGUGAGCCGCUACAGAGACAUCAGGCCCUUCCCAGGCCAAUGAAGAAUAUCCAGAGGUCCAUGUCAGACCCCAAGCCCCUGAGUCCUACCACAGAUGAAAACACUAAGGCUAGGAUUUCCUUUUAUCAACAGCAAGCUCUUCAGAGUCAGUUGGCAGCUCUGCAGCAGAGCUCCCUUCUAAGGAAAGUGAAGAGGACUUUGCCCAGCCCUCCACCAGAGGAGACACUGACUAUGGUUGCCCCUAACCUGUCCCAAAUGUUUGUGCCCUCUUUGUCUUCCUUCAAGGGUGGUUCCCGCUUAGCUGCAAAGACCAGUCUGUUGAAGGACCUAACCCAUGAGCUGAAGGCUGUAGAGCAAGAAUCCUCAAAACUACGCAAGCAACAGGCCGAGUUAGAGGAGGAGGAAAAAGAAAUUGACGCCAAGCUUAGAUACUUGGAGCUAGGCAUUACACAGAGAAAAGACACGUUGGUGAAGGAGAGAGAAAGGAGGGAGGUAACAUAUCUCCGCUGCAUGGGAGACUCACGAGACUACAUGUCAGACUCUGAACUCAACAACCUUCGUCUGACAUCUGCAGCCACGUCAUUCGAGGGCAAUGGGCUACUGACCAGACCCAGCACAGCACCACUGAGCCAGUUUACUUGUGAGCUAAACACUGCUGCCCAGUUUCCCCCCACAUCGUCCUUCAUGCCGUACCAGUAUCCACAAAGCCUGAUAACAGCACCGACCCCACAGGCCUCUACAUUGCCGAGCACAGGUUUCAAUCAACCACCCUAUCCAUCAGUCACUCAAGCCCAAGCUCUCCCACAGCCCACCCCCUUGCAGACAUAUCCAACCCUGUCAUACCAGGUCCCAGGGACCUUUCCUUCCCAGGGCUUUCCAAUGAGCCAACCUCCAUAUCCGACAGACACCUCAGUCCCACCUCCAACACAGCCUAGCCAUCCAGGGUUCCAGCAUACCCUGCCACCUACUGGUGGAACUACUUAUCCGACCUACAGUGCACCGUACCCGAGCCAAGCUCCUCCAUACCCUGUCGGUCAAACAAGCACUUACCAGCCACAGGCGGACACUCUCACUUUUCAGCAAAAGCCACGUCAGACAUCACUUGCUGACCUUGAACACAACAUGCCCACUAAUUAUGAGGUUGUGAGCAACCCUACAGUAACAAUUACUGCCCAGGACACAAGUUACAGCCAGUCUGGUUUGGGUCCACCCUAUGGCCAAUACAGCCCAGCUGUGGCAAGCACUUACGGUCCCUACUCGUCAUCUGUUUCAAAUACUUACGGUGGGUCAUUAACAACCUCAACAUCCUCUGUUUAUGCACCGUACACAACAACUUCCUCGAGUGGUUAUGGGCAGUACACAACAACUACUGCAAAUACAUAUGGAUACACAGUAACCACAGCCAGUUCCUACGGGCAGUACAACACCAUUGUUACCAACACGUAUGGGCAGGCACCAAUGUCGGACUAUAUGCAUUCAGUGGACAGCCCUUCUAUGUAUUCCAGUGAAGGAUUGUAUGGAUCCUCGAGCCUAGAGCAGAAUGUGUCGAGGAACUAUGUCAUGAUUGACGACAUAUGCGAUCUGACUAAAGAGGGUAUGGGCACUGCUCCAGACUCACAUCGCAGCGAGGGUCAUGGGCGCUACGGGACCGAUGGACUUCACACUCGAGGGGGGAGCUCAUGUAGCAGACCAGAGGACGAACGUGAUGCAGAUCCGUACGACCAGCACCACGGCAGGGGUAAGAGCACCGGCAGCUACCAAGCACAAGGGACAAAUCCACCUAGCCGGGUAGUGGGCAGCAGUAGCAUGGGUGGGGGAUCAUCAUAUUACUAUGAUGACUACAGACACUCAGCACCUACACGGGCAGCCUACAGGCAAAAGAGUCUGUGGCCUCCAGCUGUCAUGCCUUCCAGGAGGAGCAAACAUCGUAAACAAAGCACUGAGCAGAAGAUAUCUAAGUUUUCGCCAAUUGAGGAGGCUCAUGAUGUAGAGGCUGAUCUGGCCUCCUACACCAUGAGCACCUCUGCAACCAGUGGUUAUGGCUCAGGUUCCCAUUACCAUAAGCUCGAGGAUGACAUCUAUGGGCUACGCAGUACAUUCGAUCCACCAUGGGGCAACUAUAGCGACGAUCGACUUUAUGGUUAUGGCAGGUCCCGUUCAGCUGGUUAUGGCAUGGACAAAAUCUCAUCUUGUGAGAGGGGCUACAGCAGCAGAUCAUAUGAGGGAGGCUGUAGAGACCAGUCGUAUCACAGCAACUACGGCCACAGCGCACACCCCUCAUUGCACUCUCAGUAUUCAGAAAAGGAGGGCUCCCACCUCAUGACGAAGCUCAUGGGUGCUGGGAAGGCUUUCAACUAUCCAUCAAAUUCAUAUGGUUCAAGUCACUCUCUACCUGAUGUGCAGGACCAUUUUCGAGACUUGCCACGGACCUAUGUCUACGCUCGAGAUGAUAUGUAUAUAAUUGACGAUAUUCAUUGCGCUGUUUCUGACAGCGAAGCGUACCAUCUUGGUCAAGAAGAGACGGACUGGUUUGAGAAGCCCCGUGAUGUUCGUGGUUCCCGUCAUUAUGGCAGCAAUGGUCAUUCCUCGAGGCGUGGCCAUGUUAAGCACACAUACCACGACUACGACGAGCCCCCGGAAGAUCUUUGGCCCCAAACUGAUUAUGGCCAAAGCCGCCACGUUUCUUCUCGAGAGCACCGCCAACAUGGAAGUGGAAGUUCUGGUAGGCACCCCUCACGCCACUCAGAUGAGCCUCGUUCCUCUAGAUCGUCGCGCUCCUCAAAGGACCCAUCCAUGCGGCAUGACUCCCGCUCCUUGUCGUCUUCGGGGAGGAGGGGAGAGUCUCGUUCUCAGGGCUACCACUCCACAGAUUACUCCUGUGAUCCCUCAGGCCAACACCAUAGCUCCCGUUCUGGUAAACAGUCCUCCCAAUAUCAGGGGUCCUCCAGUAGAAAGCAACAGGACCACCUCUCAUCUUCCAGGCAGCCAGGAUCACUUGGGCCUACGCAGAAGGGUUCAGGUGGACCUUCAAGUAGGCAGCCAAGCAGCUCCCAGUCAGCCAUUGAUGGACAACAGGGUCAGCGCUCACAGCUCCCACAGCAAGGGCAGACAUCGGCCACCAGGCCAGGGCUGCAGACAUCUGUCAUUGGUUCAGCACAACCACAGCUAGUUCAAGCCCAGCAACUGCAGUCCAAACCUGCCCAGGCUGGCCCAAUGGCUCGGCAACCCACCUCAGCAGCACAGGCAACUCCCGCUGCAAUGAAGCCAGAGCCUGUCACUGCUAUUGGAGCAAAAGCAUCUCCGAUUCAGCCUCCCAAAACAACCCAGCCGCCUCUCACGGGAAUAGGCUCUAAAGCAGGCCCGCGGCCCGGAGGAAUCGGCAGUGCGGCUGCAGGUCAGCCGGGUGUGGACGGAGAGAGCGUGCUGUCCAAAAUCCUGCCCGGAGGAGCUGCAGAGCAGGCUGGCAAACUAGGAGAUGCCAUCAGUGGGUUUGGCAAGAAGUUCAGCUCACUGUGGUGAGGAAGCGUUUGCUGGAGGAUGUCUAAAAAAACCAGAAGACAUUGAAAGGCUUUGCACCGGAAAAACCUAUGAAGUUUCUCUUUCAUGUUUUAAUUUCAAGAGUCGACACUUCACGAAAGAGAGGGAGGGAAGCAAUCGGGUUCUUCUGGUGAGAACAUUUGAUUUCAUAUGAAGAGUUGUUUUGCAAAAGCAGAUAACUCAACAUGUUUUCAACAAAUCAUGUUUUUUGCAUUCAAAUAUCAAUUCAAAUUCUCAUAUCAUUCAAAGAGUCUGUUUGGGUCGGGUUAUUUAAAAAAAUAAGUAAGGUGUGUUUCGCUUUAUGAAGAUUAAUUUGCUGAAGACGAAAAUCACAUUUUAACCAUCAACGGUACUCACAAAACAAAACGCAGAAAGAUUUUCACACAUUUGGGUAGUUUUACUCAAGAAUGACAAUGUAUUGAAUAACAAUGAGUUCAAAAUAACAGUUUAACAUCACAGUUACUAAAAAUGAGUCGUCCAAAACUUCAGAAGUGUACAUGUUUUUGUCUUCAAUGUCUAAUAGUGUCCUCACAUGUGUAUGUGUGUGUAUGCGUAUGUGUGUGCGUGCGCGUGUUUGGUGUGUGCGUGCGUGUGUGUGCAUGUGUGUGUGCGUGUGUGUGUGUGUGCGUGCAUGUGUGUGUGCACGUGUGUGUGUGCAUGUGUGCGUGCAUGUGUGCGUGCAUGUGUGCGUACGUGUGUGUGUGUGUGUGCGUACGUGUGUGUGUGUGUGUGCGUGCACGUGUGUGUGUGGAUCAGAAGUAGAAUCACAGGACUCCAGCAGCUCAGGUCUGCAUCAUGUCAAGACUCCACAGAUCCUCCUGGACAGCAGACUGUAAGAAGCUUUAUGACAACAUUAUAACCACAAGCUCAUUUACACAACAACUCUUUUCAUUCGCUGUUUUUACCCAUUCUUGUUUUUCUGCAGAAGAAACUAUUCAUACAGGUUUGGAAGGACGAGAGGGUGAGUUUUCUAUGGGGAGAUUUCUAAGACAAUUUAGCAAAUCGUAAACAAUUGACACAAUUAAACGCAAAUACAAACCAGUUGCAUUUCCGUUUACACAAAUGUACACAAAAGUCUGCCAAAUUUCAAGUGCAAUUGAAUCUUACAAGUUACGGCCUGACGGCAUAUUCGGUUAUAGUCAGGUGAGAAAUCAGCUAGUGAAAGCACCAUAUCCAGUUAAGACAUGUGACACAUCUCCUCAAUUCAGGUUCAUUCGUGGUGAUCAGGCUUCAUGACCAUUUUUUAUUUUGUAAUAUUUUGUCAAUUUCGCUUUAAAUGUAACUAUAGUAACUUAUUGUACAGGUAUUGUGGUCAUAGUCUACCCUAAUGACAUUCCUGUAAAAAACAUGUCAUAUAUGUUAUAAUACACACACAGAGUUCACAGGUCAACAUAGAAGGUCAUGGUUGUCAAGCAGUAUUUAAGUUUUAUGAUCACUAAUGUGUUCCUAAAAUCUACAUAAAGUUUUAACAGGACGUCUACAGAUACACGCAAAGUUCAAUUAAAGAGCAUUUUAGUGCCACCUCAUAUGAACCUUCUCUCACAUGUAUUCUAUCUGAAUGGAUGACAUCUUUUAAGGCCUUAAACUUGUUCAGGGCUGUUCUUUAGGACACCCUUUUUGAAAAAGGCUCUUUCUGUGUCAUGAUAUUCAUUUUUCUAACAUGUUUCAUCUUGUGGAAGUUGCCGGAUAGCUGCUAUAAAACACAGUCAGUUGUACCCAAAACAAACACACACCACAGUUUAAUAAUCUCACUCCUAACAUCGAUUGGAAGUUUUGUCAGGCUUCAUACGUGACGUGAGAAAAAGUGAAGUAGCAAAUGAGUAAACUGCUCUUGCUGUGGAAAUAUGGCAAGCCUGUAACGCGACAUUUCAAUUGCAAUUGCUUCACCUUUGUUAAAAAGAUUCCAUAUUUCAGUAUUAUUUUAAAGUGUUUCAAAUGACGUACAUUGAAUCGCACCAUUCAUGGCAUCAUUAUUUGCCAUGAAGAACUGGAGAAUGAAUCCCACGUGUCAAAGCUCAUUUACUGGAUAUCUCACACAUGCCUGUCAUUGGAUUCUAAUGACUUGUGUUUUGAUUUUCUCAGACUGAAUGUCAACAGAAUGGCCUCGAGCACGUCAUCUGUCUUCUGCUGGUCUACAGAACAUGACACAUGAAGGCCAAUGUCAACAAACUGCACAGGUCCAAUUGGUGUAAAUGUCCGUUGACCUGUGCUCCAUCAGAAAGGUGCAGCGUGAUGCCGAGAACUGUGAUUCCAUGCUCCACCCCUCUCUCAGGAAUGAAAGAAACUAUCAAAACUUCAUAGGUUUUUCCUCCGGAGUUCUUCAAAAGAGCUCUUUUUUUGUUUUCAAAAAGAAAAAAGAAAAACAAGAACACACAAACGUCUCUAUGCGAAGUCCUUUAACUCAACAUUCCAGAAUAGAAAAAAAGUCCUAUUUGGUUUUGUCUUUCUGUUUUUUUCCUCUUGCUAUGUGCUAUAAACGUGUAACGUGGACUCGGAAUGCAUGUGAUCCAAGACCUUACACUGUUUAAUAUAUCGAUGAGAGGAGAGGAUUUACACCCAAACACGCAAAAUAUCAAGAAAAAGGAAUUAAAAAAUUGUGAGAUCAUCACAUAAAACAGAAAAAAACACAAGUCAGGUUUGACUUAUUUCUUUUAAAGAAAAUAUUAAAGGAUCGUCCUCAGGCUGGA